CCUACCUCCCCCCAUUUUCUUCUCUAAUGCGACCCAAAACCCUAGCCUUGUUUUCUCAUCUCCGUUCUUCCCCUUCUUCCUUUGGGUUUUGAUUUCUCUCUCUGCGCAUAUAUAUAUAUAUAUAUAUCUAUAUCUAUAUCUAUAUACAUACUGUGGUUUGUGUUUCUUGCUUUCUUUUAUCGGAAAACACAGAGAGCGAUAGAGAGAGAUAAUGGUCUCUGCCUCCCGAAUCGACGGCGGGCCUCAGAUACUCUCGGCGGGGGUUCGUAAGACCAUCCAAUCCAUCAAGGAAAUAGUGGGCAAUCACUCUGAUAUCGACAUAUAUUUGGCGCUCAAGGAAACCAACAUGGAUCCUAACGAAACCGCCCAGAAAUUGCUAAACCAAGACCCCUUUCACGAGGUGAGGAGGAAAAGAGACAAGAAAAAGGAGAGUGCAGGGAAUGAUAGUUCUACAGAUCCAAGGGGACAUUCUGAGGUUAAAGGUCAAGGAAGUAAAGUAAAUACAUUUUCUGAUCGUAAUGCUCGUAGAGGAGGUUAUGCUCGGAAUUCCUUACCUGGAGUUAGCAGAGAGUUCCGUGUUGUAAGAGACAACAGAGUUAACAGGAGUUUGAAUAGAGAAGCAAAGCCUGCUUCCGCAUCACCUACACCACCAUCAACCUUUGAGAACAUUUCUGGGAAGGGUUCAACUGGAAGUUCUAACAGUGAAAAGCCCACUGCUAGCAAGAAUUCAUCUCAAGGUUUGUAUGGACCAUCUGAUUCCCAUCUUAGAAUUGCCCAUGAUAUUGAAUCCACUGGCUUAGUCAGAAAAGAAGUAUCUGAGGAAAAGAGGGUUACAUUUUCAAGUGUAGCUUCACGUGUACAAGCAGGGAAGGCAAACAAUGCCAGAUCACAGUCUGCAAUGGUGGCAUCAAGCAGUUCUGCUAUUGGGGUGUAUUCCUCUUCCACAGAUCCUGUUCACGUGCCAUCUCCUGAUUCAAGGUCUUCUGGGUCCGUUGGUGCUAUUAAGCGUGAAGUUGGGGUGGUGGGUGUUCGCCGUCAGUCUUCUGACAACUCCAAGUCAUCUGUACCCAGUAGUUCUUUCUCUAAUUCACUCUUGGGAGGGGAGGGUUCUGCAGAAACUUUACAAUCUUUCUCUACCAUCUCUAAAAAUGAUGAAGUCGGUCAAGCUUCUGAAUCUAUAUUGCCCAGUGUGUCGGUUAGCAGAUCGUUAUUAAGUAGUCAUUACAGCAACAGGCAGCAGCAUCAACAACCAGUCGGUCAUCAAAAAGCUUCGCAACCUAAUAAGGAGUGGAAACCUAAAUCAAGUCAAAAGCCAAGCCUUAAUAACCCUGGAGUGAUUGGAACACCUACAAAGUCUGUUUCACCUCCUGCUCACAACUCUGAGGUUUCUGAGUCUGAACCGGCUAAGGUACUAGAAAAGCUUUCAAGAGUAAACAUACAUGAAAAUCAGAAUGUCAUCAUUGCACAGCACAUUAGAGUCCCCGAGACAGAUCGUUGUCGGCUGACCUUUGGAAGCUUUGGAAAAGAAUUUGAGUCUGAUAGUGAUCUGGUUAACGGAUACCAAGCAGGAGCUAUAGGAGAGUCAAAUGGGGAAGCUGCCUCAAGUUUGUCUGCUCCAGAGUCAUCCAUUGGUGAUGCUUCCGGCAGCAAGCAAGUAGAUUUGACUGAUGAACAAAUCAGAAAUUCUGGAUCUGAUUCUCCUACAUCAGGUGGAACAUCCGAGAAUCAAUUUCCAGAUAAGAAAGAGUCCACAAGCCCUCAGAACUUAGAUAACUAUGCAGAUAUUGGAUUGGUUCAAGGCAACAGUCCAUCUUAUGCUCCUGCAGAUUCACAGCAACCAGAACAUCCAGAACUACCAGGUUUCUCGGCUUAUGAUUCCCAGACUGGUUAUGAUUUUCCAUAUUUUAGACCUGCAUCUGCAACGGAUGAAGCUAUGAGAGGACAGGGCCUACCGACUCCUCAAGAGGCCUUCAGUUCGCAUAAUACUAACAGCGUCCCUACAACAAUUUCUAUGGUACAACAGCAACAACAACCUCCUGUGGCACAGAUGUAUCCCCAAGUUCAUGUUUCCCAUUUUGCGAAUCUCAUGCCGUAUCGCCAGUUCUUGUCUCCAGUUUAUGUUCCACCAAUGGCCAUGCCAGGCUACUCCAGUAGCCCUGCAUAUCCUCACCCAUCCAAUGGCAACAGUUAUCUGCUGAUGCCUGGAGGCGGCACUCAUCUAAAUGCCAACAGCCUCAAGUAUGGAGUUCAGCAGUUUAAACCUGUCCCUGCUGGAAACCCAACAGGGUUUGGAAAUUUUUCUAAUCCAAAUGGCUAUGCUAUCAAUACUCCUGGUGUGGUUGGGGGAGCCACUGGUCUUGAAGAUUCAUCACGGAUCAAAUACAAGGAUGGCAAUCUUUAUGUUCCCAAUCCACAGGCUGAGACAUCUGAGAUGUGGAUUCAGAACCCAAGGGAGCUUCCGGGCUUGCAAUCAACUCCAUACUACAACAUGCCUGGACAAUCUCCUCAUGCUGCUUAUUUGCCAUCUCAUACUGGUCAUGCUUCGUACAAUGCAGCUGCAGCACAGUCUUCCCACAUGCAAUUCCCGGGUUUGUACCAUCCUCCUCAGCCUGCUGCAAUUGCCAAUCCACAUCAUUUAGGCCCUGCAAUGGGCGGUAAUGUAGGCGUUGGCGUUGCUGCCGCGGCUCCUGGGGCACAGGUUGGUGCAUAUCAACAACCUCAAUUGGGUCAUCUCAAUUGGACAACAAACUUCUGAAAAAAAAGGUGAAUCUAACCCCUGGGUCGUAAGGGAUUGUGGAGUAGCUAUAAAGAAGGUUUCUCAUCUUUGAAAUGAAUAACUCAUAAUUUUCUAAUUAAAAUGCAUUAUCUGCUGUUUAGUUUUCAAUA